AGUCGCUCUGGGGGAAAGGCAAGAGGAAAUGCCAUGCCAUCGCCCCGGUACUCAAAUUUCCCUACGUGUAGACUGUUAAAGGAGCCGUUACCAAUUUAAUCUAGCUCUCUCCAUUUGUGUUAUGUAGUCAUAGUGGGAUAUGUGAAAGAACAGGCUGUUACAUUUGCCUUUGCUUAAUCGCCCGGAGCCUGAAACUGCUCCCUCUCAGUGCCUCCUCCUUCCUACCGCUGAUAUGGCAGUCUCCGCCGCAGCCUCCGCAGCAGCACAGAGACGCGGCACUGGCGUGGAUGCCUGAAAAUGUGCUAAAAGGCUUUUAGCAAGGACACUUUAUUUUGGUGAUAUAGAAUAUACAAGAAUGUGUUUCCCCGCUCUUCUGGUGCUGAGAGCCCAAAGCCCCCCGGAUCAGGUGGAAAAAAACGGCAGUGACUUGAUUACCAUCAUUUAGGAAACAUGGCACCUCAACAACCUUCCAGCUUGGAGGAGCAGGCGGGGGAGCUAGAUGAGCCUGAAUCUGAGGGAGAGAAACAAGGACCAAGACCCCCUUCUGAUCAAGAUCAUCCAGCUACCUGCGAUGCUCCAGAUGGAGGCUGGGGAUGGGUGGUCCUGGUGGCUACCAUCCUUGUCUUAGCUCUGACACUGGCCUUCCCCGCAUGCAUUAGCAUCUUCUACUUAGAUCUUCAGGAAGAAUUUGAAGCCAGUUACAGUGAGACAUCUUGGGUGCCGUCAAUAAUGACGUCAGUUCUGCAUGCCGGAGGUCCUCUGUGCAGUGUGCUGGUGGAGCGCUUCGGUUGCCGGGCGACAGUAAUGUUUGGGGGAAUGCUGAGUGGUUUGGGGAUGGCGGUCAGCUCUUUCUCACAUUCAAUAGUUCACUUGUACAUCACUACUGGGGUCAUCACAGGUUUGGGCUUCUGUUUCAGCUUCCAGCCCGCUGUCACCAUUCUUGGCCACUACUUUGUGCGCCGUCGUCCUUUUGCCAAUGCGAUGUCCUCCACUGGUACUGCUCUGGGUCUGUGUGCAUUGCCCUUUUUAGGUGACUAUCUGCAGAGCAAGCUGGGCUGGAGAGGAAGCUUUCUGGUGCUUGGUGCUGUGCUGCUCAACUGCUGUGUUUGUGGAGCCGUUAUGAGACCGCUCAGGCCUCGCAAGCCCAAAAAGUUAGAGAUGAUGACCAACAGUCCCAGACCCCCAGGCAAAAAGGCAGGUGUGCUGGGAAUCUGUCAGAGUUUAGCAUCGUGCCUCAGAAAACACAUGGCCUUUGACCUCUUCUACAGUAACCUGCGAUUUCGGGUGUUUUCAUUGGGCAUCACUUGGAUGAUGCUGGGGUUUGUGGUGCCACUUAUUUUCCUGGUCCCUUAUGCAUCAUCUCACGAAGGGGAUCCAAGCCGAGCCGCCCUACUUCUUUCCAUCCUAGGCUUUGUCAACAUCUUUGUGCGGCCUCCCGCCGGAGUGCUCUUCAGCCUUUCCUGGUUUAAAGGUCGACACAUCUACGUUUUCUCAGCCGCACUUCUAAUAAAUGGACUCAGUAAUAGUAUCUGCUGCAUUUCUCACAAUUUCAAUGUGCUGUUAAUUUACGUGCUGAUAUACGGACUGUCCAUGAGCGUGGUAGGGUCACUGAUGUUCACCGUCCUGAUGGAUACAGUGGAUAUGAGUCUAUUCCCGUCUGCGCUCGGCCUGCUGUCCAUCAUGGAAAGCGUCACACUGCUGAUAGGACCUCCCCUCGCAGGAAUGCUUGUGGACAGAACCGAACAGUACACGUACAUGUUCCUGGCCUGCAGCAUCUCAGUGGCCUUAUCAGCUCUUUUCCUGAUGGUUUCCUUUUACUGGCUGGACUCUCGUGAUGCAGCCCUGAAGAACAGUUUACCAGCGUCUGGGUCUCCAGCUAAACCUGCAAUCAAUAUGUCCACAGACUGCCAGUACAGCAGUGUGCCUACAGAUGGGGACAAGACAAAUAACGCAUCAUCAGAAGCAUAAAACAUCACAAAUGUAUGACCUGGAUCGGAGUUAUUUAUGUUUUUGUAAUUGUGAUCCAUAUCAGGUACAAUAUAUUACCCCAUUUCUUGGUAUCAUAGAAUGCGCUGUUUAUAACUGUAUCAUUUCAGCGAGUGUCAAACCCUGGUUGUUUUGUACUUUGGGUUAUGACACUUGCAUUUGUAAAGAUCCUGGUUUCACAUCACUGGUUUGCCUUAUACAGUAUAUGCCAUGGCGAAACAAUGCCAUCUGUUAAUGCUUAAUUCAAGAAAAUAUUAUAAACGCUUCUUCAUUCUUAAUCUAAAAUGACAGAACGUUGCCGUUAUUUGCCCAGGAAAUUAAGCUAUUUGAAGUCAGGAAUUUUUUCAUAUCAUGCCCUUAAUAUUAAUUUCCUUCAUUUUUCACCAGUUACACCUCUGUUCAUUUUGGGGUUGGUAAGAUUUUUGAAAGAAGUUUUUUAUGCUCACCAAUGCUGCAUUUAUUUGAUAAAAAUACAGUAAUAUAGUGAAAUGUUAUUACAAUAUAAAAUGUUUUCUAUUUUUAUAUAUUUUGAAAUUCACUCCUGUGAUGGCAAAGCCAUUACUCCAGUCGUCAAUGAUCUUUCAGUAAUCAUUCUAAUAUGCUGAUUUUGUGCUCAAGAAACAUUUAUUAUUAUUUAAUAUUAUCUUAUUCUUAAUAUUUUAGUGGAAACAGUGAUAUACUUUUCUGUAUACUAUAAUAAAUAGAAAGUUCAAAGGAAAAGCAUUUAUUUGAAAGACAUUUUCAAUCUUUUGUAACAAUAUAAAUGUCAUCAGUGUCGCUUUUAAUGCAUCUUUGCUGAAUAAAAGUAUUGCUUUCUUUAAAAAAAAAAAAAUCUUACCAACCCCAAACUUCUGUAUUACACUGUGUUGUUUUAUACAUCAUUUGUGUCAUAAGACCCAUGCACUGACAAACCUGACCCUUAUUGGAAGAUUGUUGGUCUAAUGUCUCUACAAAUUCAGUAGCCUACUGUAUAAUAAAUGGAGAAAAUAGUUUUGCUGUUAUUCCACGUGGGCUCUUAAAGUUUUCUCAGUACAACUUAGCACAAAUCCUCUUUAACCAAGACACAUUUAAAACAAAGACUUUCAAGUUUUCCUGUUCUCAGUGAGUGCUUGGGUAUGAGAAAACUUGAAUAUGUGCCUAGGGUGUUUGUUAGGUUCAAGGAUUUUACUGAAUGAGAUUGUGUUUGUACAAAGGGCCCAUUGUUAUUGAGUGUCUUGAAUUAUUAUUUACUGCUGAACAGAAAAAGUGUCACAUCUCA